CCAUGUUUCCUCUCUGCCCCCAGAGGAACCCAUUUACUGUUACACCCCGCACAACUUCACCCGCGACCAGGCAUUGUAUGCCCGUGGCUACUGCUGGACGGAGCUGCGGGACGCGCUGCCUGGGGUGGACGCCAGCCUGUGGCCAUCGCUGUUUGAGCACAAGUUCCUGCCCUACGCCCUGCUGGCCUUUGCUGCCAUCAUGUACGUGCCCGCACUGGGCUGGGAGUUCCUGGCCUCCACACGCCUCACCUCUGAGCUCAACUUCCUGCUGCAGGAGAUCGACAACUGCUACCACCGGGCAGCCGAGGGCCGCGCUCCCAAGAUCGAAAAGCAGAUCCAGUCCAAAGGCCCUGGCAUCACCGAGCGCGAGAAGCGGGAGAUCAUCGAGAACGCUGAGAAGGACAAGAGUCCCGAGCAGAACCUGUUCGAGAAGUACCUGGAGCGCCGUGGCCGCAGCAACUUCCUGGCCAAGCUGUACCUGGCGCGGCACGUGCUCAUUCUCCUGCUCAGCGUGGUGCCCAUCUCCUACCUGUGCACCUACUAUGCCACCCAGAAGCAGAACGAGUUCACGUGUGCCCUGGGUGCCUCGCCCGACGGCCCGGCCAGUGGCGGGGGCCCCGUGGUGCGCGUCAACUGCAAGCUGCCCUCCGUGCAGCUGCAGCGGAUCAUCGCGGGCGUGGACAUUGUCCUGCUCUGCUUCAUGAACCUGAUCAUCCUCGUCAACCUCAUCCACCUCUUCAUCUUCCGCAAGAGCAACUUCAUCUUCGACAAGCUGCACAAGGUGGGCAUCAAGACCCGCCGGCAGUGGCGCCGCUCCCAGUUCUGUGACAUCAACAUCCUGGCCAUGUUCUGCAACGAGAACCGCGACCACAUCAAGUCGCUCAACCGGCUGGACUUCAUCACCAACGAGAGCGACCUCAUGUACGACAACGUGGUACGGCAGCUGCUGGCCGCCCUGGCCCAGUCCAACCACGACGCCACGCCCACGGUGCGCGACUCUGGCAUCCAGACCGUCGACCCCAGCGCCAACCCUGCCGAGGCCGACGGCUCCAGUGAGCCGCCUGUGGUCAAGCGACCCCGGAAGAAGAUGAAGUGGAUCCCCACCAGCAACCCCCUACCACAGCCCUUCAAGGAGCCGCUGGCCAUCAUGCGCAUCGAGAACAGCAAGGCGGAGAAGCCGAAGCCCGUGCGCAGGAAGACGGCCACGGACACGCUAAUUGCCCCGCUGUUGGACGCUGGCGCGCGCGCCGCCCACCACUACAAGGGAGGAGGGGGUGAGGCGGCCCCACCCCCUACCUCCGACAAGAAGCAUGCCCGGCACUUCUCCCUGGAUGUGCACCCCUACAUCCUGGGCACCAAGAAGGCCAAGCCCGAGCCGGUGCCCGCAGCCCUGCCCGCCUCCCGGAGCCAGGGGGGUGGCUUCCUAUCGCAGACAGAGGAGUGUGGGCUGGGGCUGGCGACAGCACCCACCAAAGAUGCUCCGCUCCCAGAGAAGGAAAUCCCAUACCCCACAGAUCCUGCUCGGACAGGGCUUCCCCCCGGAGGCCCAUUUCAUGUCUGCUCCCCCCCGGCAGCCCCCGCUGCAGCCCCCUUGUCACCAAGCAACCUGGGCAAGGCCGACCCUCUCACCAUCCUGAGCCGCAAUGCUACUCAUCCCUUGCUCCACAUCAGCACGCUGUACGAGGCCCGGGAGGAGGAGGAAGGCCCCCCCCGUGCCCCCCCGGACAUGGGCGACCUCCUCGCCAUCCCCUCACCCCAGCAGAUCCUCAUCGCCACCUUCGAGGAGCCAAGAACCGUCGUGAGUACUGUGGAGUUCUGAGGGGCCCUCCACAUGAGCCCAGGAUGGGGCCUUGGCUCCCCUGGCACCGUCCAUCCAGCCUCCCACCCGCAUGCCCCAGGCCCAGCACCCCGCACCCAGCCCGGCGUGGUGUCCACAGGUGCAGGCCGGGGCGGGGCCUGAGGUGGGCACCGCCCCGCCCCCAGCGUCAGGCCCUCCUCCCCGGUGCUGGGCUGUAAAAUGAAGAGUUUAUUUUUUUAGUGGAUUUUUGUUGUGGGCCAAGGCUGGGGCAGGAGAGCUCAGCAACCUCAUUGUGCCCAGUCCAGGGCACACGAGGACACUGGGCCGCAGGGCCCCAGGGGUCACUGGCUCAGGGGCUCAACCCUGAAGGGACCCGCUGCCUGCCACAGGUGGGGGCCGAGGUCCCAGACAACAUGCACUUUCCCCUGCAGCCCGACAUACCCUUUAUUUUACUAUGAUUACUGUAACUGAUGAAACGUGUUUAUUGUCAGAUCUCAGAUGAGUUUAAAGCGAAGAAUGGAGUGUGGGGUGCGUCAGAGCAGAGAAGCAGUGUUAGCGUGCGUGGGGAGGAUGCAUGUGUGCGCGUGCGUGUACAAACAGGAGUGUGCUUGAGCAAGGAUGCCAGUGUGCAGGCAAACUCAUGCAGAUGUGGGCGCAAGUCUGUGAGAGUGUGUGUGUGAACGAGACCAGGGAAGCAAACCGGAGCCUGCGUGAGCUGGAGUGUGUAAGUGGUGCCUGUGUGGGAGACAGUGGGAGCAGUCAGCGUGAGCGCCAGCCAGUGUGCCCGUGCGGGAAGGAGUCCAAUGCAAUAACCACACCCUCAGCCCAGCCACCUGGCCAAGGCCAGCUUCCCAGGGAGCCCAGGCCCCUGCCGGCCCCGCCCCAUUACCUCAGCCACGGCACCACGUGACGCAGUACU